AUGGUUCAGAAGUAUCAGUCCCCGGUCCGGGCGUACAAAUACCCAUUUGAAAUGGUGAUGGCGGCCUAUGAGAAGCGUUUCCCCACCUGUCCCCUGAUCCCCGUGUUCCUGGGCAGCGAGGUGCUUAGCGACGUCACCAGCGAGGACGGCUCCGUGCGCGUCGUCGAGCGCAGCUGCAAGCUCAGCGUGGACGCGCCGCGACUCCUCAAGAAGAUAGCGGGGGUUGAGUAUGUCUACUUCAUCCAGAAGAACACACUCAACUGGAGGGACCGAUCGCUUCUCAUUGAGGCUCACAAUGAGACCUUUGCCAACAGAGUCAUCGUCGUGGAAACAUGCUGCUACAGAGUCCACCCAGAUAACGAGGACUGGACGUGCUUUGAGCAGUGUGCCUCCCUGGACAUCAAGUCCUUCUUCGGCUUCGAGAGUACAGUGGAGAAAAUUGCUAUGAAACAGUACACAGCCAACAUUAAACGGGGCAAGGAGGUGAUCGAGUACUACCUGAAUGAGCUCAUGCAGGAGGGCAUCACUGAGAUCCCGCGCUGGGUCCCCGCCGAGCAACGACCUUUGACCUCCGACCCCUCUUCCUUCACCUCCACCACGUCCUGCUCCGCUCUGACAUGGCCGAACCCCAGGGCCCAGCUGCACCUCGACCUCUCGUCGCCUGGCAACAGCAGCCGUGAUGUCACGAGCUUCAGUGCUGCCAGCUCAGAGCCCUCUACUCCAGAUGCAGAUAAGCUGGAUGCGGACUACAUCGAGCGCUACCUGGGCCAGCUGACCCCCAUGCAGGAGAGCUGCCUGAUCCAACUCAGGGCCUGGCUGCAGGAGAACCACAAGGGCAAGAUCCCCAAGGACGAGCACAUCCUUCGUUUCCUGCGGGCCCGCGACUUCCACCUGGAGAAGGCGCGCGACAUGCUCUGCCAGUCGCUCACCUGGCGCAAGCAGUUCCAGGUGGACUACAUCCUGGAGACGUGGGCGCCCCCUGGCGGCCUGGUGGAGUACUACGCCGGAGGGUGGCACCACCACGACCGCGAGGGCCGGCCGCUCUACAUCCUGAGGCUGGGCCAGAUGGACACCAAGGGCCUGGUCAAGGCGCUGGGCGAGGAGGCCCUGCUCCGACAUGUCCUGUCCAUCAACGAGGAGGGCCAGAAGAGGUGUGAGGAGAACACAAAGAUAUUUGGAAGACCGAUCUCGUCGUGGACGUGCCUGGUGGACCUGGAGGGCCUGAACAUGCGUCACCUGUGGCGGCCCGGCGUGAAGGCGCUGCUGCGCAUCAUCGAGGUGGUGGAGGCCAACUACCCCGAGACGCUGGGCCGCCUGCUGAUCGUCCGCGCGCCGCGCGUCUUCCCCGUCCUCUGGACGCUGGUGAGUCCGUUCAUCAACGAGAACACGCGUCAGAAGUUCCUGGUCUACAGCGGGAAUAACUACCAGGGCCCCGGCGGGCUGGUGGACUACAUCGACCAGGAGAUCAUCCCCGACUUCCUGGGCGGAGAAUGCCUGUGCCAUGUGCCUGAGGGGGGUCAGGUGCCCAAGUCCUACUACCAAACCGAGGAGGACCUGGACAACCCCGACCACAUACGCCUCUGGGCCGACACCAUCUACCAAUCAGCACAAGUCUUUAAAGGGGCACCACAUGAGAUCAUGAUUGAGAUCGUGGAGGGCUCAUCCGUGAUCACGUGGGACUUUGACAUCCUGAAGGGGGACGUGGUCUUCAACAUCUUCCACUCCAAAAGGACCCCUCAGCCGGUGAAGAGAGAGGCGUCCGGGUCGGCGCCUGUCGUGAACAACGUGCAGUUGAUUGACAGGAGCUGGACGCUGGGGGUGGACUACAGCAUGGUGGAGUCUCCUCUGACCUGCCGCGAGGGAGAGAGCAUCCAGGGGUCUCACAUCACCCGGUGGCCCGGUAUCUACAUCGUGCAGUGGAAGGCCACAGGCCACACCCCCAGCUCUGGCCCCUCCCUCUCUCGGGUGGACGACGUGCUGGCCUCCUUGCAGGGCUCCGCCCCCAGGUGCAAAGUCCUGUACUACACCGAGGUGCUCGCCUCACACGACUUCAGAGGCUCCAUGAGCAGUCUGGAGUCGUGCCACAGCAGAUUCUCACAGCUCAGUGUCGGCACUACCUCCUCCAAGGGAAGCUCACUCAUAUCGAGAUAA